UGUAUUUGAAGUAAGAGAACAAAGAAUCAGAACCUAUAUAAGAAUGUCCCCAAGACGCUGCGCAGUCACUCUUUGCCAUUAGAGAGAGCAGAGAAGAUUACUGCCGGUGCACUCUGCGUCCACGGGUCCAGAAGAAGAAGAUGAUGAUGAUGCUGACUUCUAUCCUUCUACCCUACGUCUUUACGCUGCAGUGCCUCCGAAGCAUGCACUGUUCGCCAGUGCCAGAAGGAAGCAGGUACCAAGCGGCGCCGGGAUGGCUCCAAAGGUCUGAUCUCCACAACCUGAAGAAGAGAGGAAGAGCCCAUCCUCAGGACACACUCAAAGACACAGCCUUGACCAGAGGAGACCCUAUAAGAGCAGCCCUGGUAACUAACAGCACUGAGGUGUCUAACCGCCCCCGCUGUGGCGUCCCUGACUACCCCAUGCUGAAAGAUGUCCUCUACAGGGGGAAACACAGGCAGAAACGCUUUGUCCUGUUCGGGGGGCGCUUGGAGAAGACUGACCUCACCUACAAAGUGGUUCGCUUCCCCUGGCAGAUGAGUGAGGACAAGGUGCGGCGUGUCCUGCAGGAAGCACUGAGAGUGUGGAGUGAGGUCACACCCCUCACCUUCACUGAGGUCAGCAGUGGAAAGGCUGACAUUGUCAUCGACUUCACCAGGUACUGGCAUGGAGAUAACCUGCCCUUUGAUGGGCCUGGGGGCAUUCUAGCCCAUGCCUUCUUCCCCCAGACCCACAGGGAGGGCGACAUCCAUUUUGACUAUGAUGAAGCAUGGACCCUUGGCAACUACAUGGGCACAGACCUCCUCCAAGUGGCUGCUCAUGAGUUUGGGCAUGUUCUGGGCCUGCAGCACUCCCGGGAACCGGGUGCAGUGAUGUCCCCUUAUUACAGCUUCUCCUAUCCCCUAGAGCUGAGCGAGGAUGACAAGCUGGGGAUCCAAUACCUGUACGGCCAUCGUCCACAUAUCCCGCCCCCAUCUCCACUAUCACCACCGCCACAAAUCACCACAGAGACCAAUGAGAUCAUUAGUAGUAUCCCUGACGUCUGCCAGACAGACUUUGAUGCUGUGUCUAUGAUCCGUGGGGAGCUGUUUUUCUUUAAAUCAAGCUAUGUGUGGCGCAUUCGGGAGGGGCGGCUGGAGGCGGGCUACCCCGCGCUGGCGUCCCGCCAUUGGAGGGGGAUUCCAGAGAGCAUUGAUGCUGCCUUUGAAGACCAAUCAGGGAGUAUCUGGUUCUUUCAAGGUCAAAGCUACUGGGUGUUUGAUGCAGAGAGACAGAUCACAGGGCCAGAACCUGUGCGGAGGCUCGGCCUGUCAGUCUCCCACAUCCAGGCAGCCCUGCUCUGGGGCCAGGACAGCAGUUACAACACCUACUUCUUCAAGUCAGGCAGCUACUGGAGGUUCAGCCCCAAGGAGAACCGCGUCCACUCUGUCUACCCUCGCAACAUGCAGGACUGGAGCGGCAUCCCCAGUGAUGUAGACGCAGCCUUCAAGGACCAACACGGCUAUGCCCACUUUAUCCGAGGGAGGCAGUACUGGAAGUUUGAUCCUGUGGAGAUGAAUUUACUACAGGGGUAUCCUCGCUAUAUUGGAAUGGACUUCUUUGGCUGCCUAAAUGCAUGAAUAAUCAGUAUUAAGUGAUGCCGCUGUCUCAAGAUCAAACCCAAGUCCAGGUUUAGUCCAACUAUGCUCUCGUACUGAUGCUCUUCAAAUACAACAUUGUAAUGUUGUGCAUUUUUUGGGGAACAAGACCAUUGCAUCGACAGAGGCUUCUUCAUCUUCUUCCAAAUGUUGAAGAAACAAACUAUUUAGAAAGAGACUUUAUUUCUUUUACUUGAGUGAGUUCCAAAAAAUGUGUGUUCUUCCUCAAAUAUGUUUUUGUUUAAUCAUGAUCUUAACACUUUGAACGGACUAGAUCCCUUUUUCUUCUCAGGGAAACACAAAUUCAAAUGUUUCCUCAGAGGUUGGACUUCAUGUGCAGCUAUGUACUUGUAUUUAUUUGUUACUGGGUUCGGUUCUAUGGUCAGAAGUUGCAUUGUUCAAGACCCAUGGACUGACAGUACAGUGCCAUCUACAGUCCAGUACCAACCAAUUGCAGGAGGUUCUUUUUAACUAUAUUAUGAUGUAUAAUUUACUCCAGAGAUGUUGCAGCAUAAACAUGUUUGCUUUAUUCUUAAAGGCAAAUAUGUCUAAAGCACUGCAAUUAAGGUGCUAAAUCUGUUAAUCACUGACAAUCAGGGACACCGUUUGUUCUCAAAUGUUUUGAACACUUACUCACAGUCUUAUAUGUAUGACAUCAAGUACAUUAUCUCGUCACUUUUAAUUUCUCUCUAAGAUGAAUAUACUUAAUUCAAUAAUGUUCCAUCCAUGGUGCUCUCAGUCAGUGCAAAGGGAUGGGGUGAACUUGGUACUGCAUUAUGUGGAUCUAAGCCAUGAGGAUAAGUUACUUUUUGGAUGACUGCAGUUUGUCAGUGCAGGACACUGAUAUAUCUGCUUUACUGUAAAAUACACUACCGGUCUAAAGUUUUAGAACACCUACUCAUUCAAGGGUUUUUAUUUAUUUAGACUAUUUUCUACACUGUAGGAUAAUAGUGAAGACAUCUAAACCAUGAAAUAGCACAUACUGUAUGGAAUCAUGU